AUGGACGACCUAAUUGUAUCAUCUCCUUCGCCUACCUCUCAAGAAAACCCUGCAACAACCCUGCAACAAAAACUCCAAUACAUACUCCAAACCCAGCCACAAAAAUGGUCUUAUGCUAUUUUCUGGCGAACAUCCAAGGACGACAAUGGACGUAUCUUCUUGGUCUGGGGUGAUGGCUAUUUUCAAGGGAAUACUAAACCGAAAGUGCCCAAAUCGGGUUCUCACUCUCAGAGGAAGAAGGUCAUGCGAGGAAUCCAGGCUUUGAUCGGUGAAUAUCCUGAUAGUUAUAACCCUGUAGAUGGCGAUGUGACUGAUAUGGAAUGGUUCUAUUUUACGUCACUUGCACAGUCUUUCUCUCUCGGAGAUGGAGUUCCAGGCAAGUCCUUUAGCUCGGGAUCUUUGGUGUGGCUGACUGGUGAGAAUCAACUGAGGUUUUAUAACUGUGAAAGAGCUAAAGAAUCCCAGAUCCAUGGAAUGCAAACUAUGGUUUGUAUACCUACUUCAAAUGGGGUUCUUGAACUGGGAUCUGAUGAUAUCAUCGCUGAAAACUGGAACCUGGUUCAACAGGUUAAGUUACUGUUUGAUUCAUGUGGGAUUAAUGGAUCCUCCGGGCAGUUAAUUUCUUUUGCUGAUAUUGGUGUUGUUACUGGUUAUCACCAAGACGAAGCAAAGGCUAAAAGAGAUGAAGGUUUUGCUGUACUUUCUUCGUAUCUCGAUUCGGAUCAUUCAGAUUCCGAUUGUCAGUUUUUUCUUGAGACUCCUGUGGAGAAGAAGGCACCAAAGAAGAGAGGAAGAAAGCCCAGUCUCAGCCGUGACACCCCUUUGAACCACGUCGAGGCGGAGAGGCAGCGGCGAGAGAAGCUCAACCACCGGUUUUACGCGCUCCGGUCGGUGGUUCCGAACGUAUCGAGAAUGGACAAGGCAUCCUUGUUAUCAGAUGCUGUAUCAUACAUUAAUGAACUGAAGACCAAAGUGGAAGAACUUGAAGCAAAACUCCAUAAAAAUCCCAAGAAAAUAAAGAUUGAAUCAGCUGACACUUUGCAGGAUAAUCAAAGUGCAACAACAUCUGUUGAUCAAACAAGGCCUAAUUCAUCAUCAUUAUCUUCAUUUGGAGGUGUACCAUCAGAAAUUGAAGUGAAGAUUGUAGGGCUUGAUGGGAUGAUCAGGUUCCAAUCAGAUAAUGCUAAUUAUCCAGGAGCUAGGCUAAUGAAUGCGAUUCGAGACCUCGAAUUACAUGUCCACCAUGCUAGCAUGUCAACUGUGAAUGAUCUGAUGCUUCAAGAUAUUGUUGUUAAGGUUCCUAAUGGAUUGAGAAGUGAGGAUGCAUUGAAAUCUGCUCUUCUUACAAGAUUAGAGCAGUGA